AUGGCACCCGCAAAAUCUGAAUUACAACAAGUAAUGGACAAAUUGGCUGCCUUAGAAUCAAAAAUCGAUAAUAACAACAUAAAAUUUUCCUCUUUCUCUAAUGAAAUUCUUCAAAUCAAAAAUGCUUUAACAACAAUUGAAUCAAAAAUUCAAACAGUUGAAACAACAAUUGAAACAAAUUUUAAAAACAAUGAAUCAUCAGCAAGCGAACAAGAACGCAAUCGUUCUAUUGUUAUUAUUGGACUACAAGAAUCUAAAUCAACAACGCCAUCAAUUCGUGUUGCUGAAGACAAGUCUGCAAUCGAAGAUGUACUCAACUUGUUGGGGGUUGAGAGCCCAUUCGUUUCGUACAGAAUGGGUAAGCAUGACCCAACUGCUAAAGGUUGUCGUUUAAUAAAAAUUGUUUUUGGCGCUUCAAAGUUUCAGCGAAUUUCACUUGCUGAAUGGAAACGACACAGAGUGGAAAUGAAAAAAGAAUCAAAAUGGUCUCGUUUGUUGAUCAGGCCAAGUCUUACUAGAGAACAAUUGGAAGCUGAAAGAAUUGAACGUGCUAAGAAACGAGAUGAAUACAAUAAAAGAACGAGUGCAAAUGUGACUGAAAGAACAAAAAACCAUUAAGAGGUCGUCCAAGAUUCAAGGUUUUAAAAAACUCUUUAAAUAUUUCCCCUUUUUAUAAAUGUCUAUAUUUUAAUAGUAGGAGCUUGGUUAACAAAUUAGAUGCUUUAAGAUUACUUUUACUUUCCAAGUCCUUUAAAAUAAUUUGUAUUUCCGAAUCGUGGUUGAACAAAAAGAUCGAUAAUUCCCAAAUUUUACAUACUUCACCUUAUUCCAUUGUCAGAUGCGAUAGAAGUUCUAGGGGCGGUGGUGCUUGUAUUUUAGUAGAUAAUAUAAUUCCCUUCUCUCCCGUUAAAAUUCCUAAAAAUAAAAAUUCCGACAUUGUUGCCAUAGACAUUUACUCCCCCAAAUUUGACAAAUUUCGAAUAAUAACCGUAUACCGUCCUACCACAAACGAAAAUUUUAAAGACUUCCAUGAACUUCUUGAUACAUUAAGUUAUUUAAUAUCUAUUAAUCAUAACUACAUAAUCGUAGGUGACUUUAAUUUCCCUAAUCUAAUCUGGAAGACCAACAUACCACUCGCUCUCAACCACAAAUCACCUUCUGAAAAAUUAUUUAUCGAAUUUAUAGAAAGCUAUAAUCUAUUUCAAGAAAUCUCUUCCCCAACCAGACAAGAUAACUAUCUCGAUUUACUUUUUUCCUCUUCCGCCUUUCGCGUUGUAAAAAAUAUUACCAUUAAUGCCCCCUUUAAAAAUUCUGACCAUAACACCAUUGAAUUUAACUUAAAUUUUAAAUAUUUUCCCAAAAAACCAGAAUUUAUACUUGACUUUCAUAAUGCCGAUUACAAUCAAAUUAACAAUAUCCUAAUUGGUUUAAACUGGAAUACCUUGUUUUUAAAUUGCACUGAUGUAGACUCCCAAUAUACCCUAUUUUUAGAAAUCAUUCACCAAACAAUCCGAAAUUUCAUACCGUUAAAAAAGAUCAAUAAAGACCUUACUAGAUUCCCAAAACAUAUUCAAAAAAUUAUCUCAUAUAAAAAUCUUUUAUGGAAAAAUAUUAAUAAACCUGCUAUACGUGAAAAAUAUAUUCU